AUGGACUUCGAGAUUUUUGAACCCCACCUUUUCGCCGAAUUGAAGGGUUGCGAUGACGAGAACUGGCAAGCUAUUCACACCCGGCUGCCGGAAGCCUGGAGGUGGGACGUCGAUUACCACACGACUCACAGCAACGGCGGCAAAGACCAUGGUUGUUGCACAUGCACGCCGGUCGAGCCGGAUGAUCCAAAGAACUUUCCUCUUACCAUUGCCGGCACUCCGGUCGUCCUUCCGGUGGAACAUCAGUGGCCGCCGAUGGCAGGAGUCAACCCGCCUCCUGAUCCACGACCUUCUGCUCCGAUCGAUUGCACUAGCGAUAUCCCCUUGGAAGUCGUGCGGGAUCUAUUUCUCACUUUUGAGGGCAGCGUCGGUUUCUAUCUCCUCAUCAACGGUCUUCUACAAAUCAUUGUACCCGAAGGCUUCGACACUGUGUGGGCUUCAUCACAUCUCCCACACAAGUACGGAGGGUUGAAAGUGUGUUAUAUCCCGCAAACAGUGGAGCCCACCAUGUUCCCAAGCAAAACUGAAACUACGAAGUCUAAAAGUUCCCCAGGCUCGCAAAGCUCGGGCAUAUCUAGCAUCUUCCGCCCUUCGAAGACCUCGAAUAUUUCCCUCAGUCAGCCGUUGCAAAUCAACGACUUCAUCGAAGCGCGGGCAAAGUCCUCGCAUAGGAAGGAGAAGUUUGCAGGAAGGAUAGGCCUGAAGAUUACAAAGUGUGGUGACCCAUAUCUUGUCAUGUCGACACACGUCAUCACUGAAGCGAUACUCGCGAAGUCACACAUAGCGGGGAUCUUCAGCAAGAGGGACAGAUUCGAGAAGCUGGAUGACAAUUGGAAUGACCAUGUGGAGAUCUGGGCUGGCAAUGAAAAGAUCGGAACCGUCGAGCAGACCUUCGACAACGAAGCAGAGAUCUACCCUAACGGCUUCAAGCACGACAUCACCCUCAUCAAAUCAACGAACCCCUCCGCAAUUAAAGAUAUCCAAUCGCCCAUACCCAAUCUCGGCUGGCUAGGAAAAGAAUCCUGGUACUCUCUCCGCCAACAAACCAGUGGCUUAAAGAUCCUUGGGCCCACAGAAUCCCACCGCUGUGCUAAAACCCUCAGAACUAAUCGCCCCUCCGAAAUCCUCGUCGUCGGCGAAGGCAUCUUCCUCAACCAGAGCGCCGGCCCCAAACCUACCAAAGAUCACGACAUGUCGACUUGGAAAGAUCUCGUCUCUCGCGCGGUACUGUAUCGAGUGUAUCCGGACUUUGAUCCGCCGAACGGAUAUAGUGGGGUGGCGCUAUACGCGGAGGGCAUGAGGGAGGACGGGACGGAGGGACCGGGAGUCGUGGGGUUCCAGAGCUUCGUGCAGAGGAGCGGACAUGUGCAAAAUUUUGAGAUGGAAGGAGGCGCGCUGGAGAAGAGGUUGAAGCUGGGGAGGGUGGCGUUCUAUGGGGCGUUCCAGGUGCCAGAGGGGUUGAGAAAAGAGUUUGGUAUUGUCUAG